AUGGGAAAAGAUUAUUACAAAAUCCUCGGCGUAGCGAAAGGAGCCAGCGAAGAUGAGAUCAAGAAGGCUUACAGAAAGAUGGCCUUGAAGUUCCAUCCAGAUAAAAAUAAGGAACCCGGUGCCGAGAAUAGGUUCAAAGAAAUUGCUGAGGCAUACGAUGUGCUCUCCGAUCCUAAAAAGAAGGAGAUUUAUGAUAAAUAUGGUGAAGACGGUCUUAAAAACGGUGGACCCGAUGUUGGAGGACCAGGUGGAUUCCACUAUGAGUUCCAAGGUGAUCCAAUGCGUAUGUUUACGCAGUUUUUCGGAUCGGAAGACCCCUUCAGUGGUAUUUUUGGAAUGGGUGGUGGUCAUCCAAAUAUCUUCUUCAAUAUGGGAGGCGGUGGUAUGGACGAUGGCAUGAAUGGGUUCUCAGCAUUUGGCGGUGGCAUGCCUCACGGACACCGAAGAUCCGCCCCGAAACAGGACCCUACUGUACAACACGAACUACAAGUUAGUCUCGAGGAUAUCUACCAAGGGUGCACGAAGAAAAUGAAAAUUACGAGGAAAGUCUUGAAUGCGGACGGUCAUUCGACUAGAGUAGAAGAUAAGGUUUUGACGAUCAAUAUCAAACCAGGAUGGAAAAGUGGUACAAAAAUCACGUUCCCUAAAGAAGGAGAUCAACAUCCCGGUCGGGUUCCAGCUGAUAUCGUUUUUGUCAUAAAGGAUAAGCCGCAUAAAAUAUUCAAACGAGAGGCAUGUGAUCUUCGAUACAUUCAUCGUGUAGCUUUGCGUGAUGCUCUAUGUGGUUGUACUGUCGAGGUUCCUACUCUUAUGGGUCCACCAACUACGUUACGGCUCGAUAACAUCAAACCGAAUACCGUCAGAAGGAUUACUGGGAAGGGUUUGCCCAAUCCCAAAGCUCCAGGACACUAUGGUGACCUAAUUGUACAGUUCGAGGUGGAGUUCCCUUCGAAAGCAAUUACGGAUCCGGUUUUACGUGAGCAGCUUAUGAGAAUCCUUCCACCAUUGUCUCAUGCAUAA